AUGGAUGUUGCGACGCUAACAGCUGCUGCAGUUUAUUUAUUCACAGCAUACCGCUACUACGUGAAUGUAUAUAAGAAAAGGGUUAUUAAAAAGAAAUGGAAAAAAAGAAGGUGGUGGAUGUUGUCAAUACAUCGAAACAGAACAAGAAGUAGCAUGGAUAAACAACUAGCAGAACUUCUCGCUGAGCCAUCAGGAGAGUUUGAUAAUUUUGUUCGGAUGUCAGUUAACGAUUUUGAAUACCUAUUACAAAAAAUAUCUCCAAUCGUUGCUAAACAAGAUACUGAUUGGAGGGAUGCGAUUCCUAUUAAAAUACGACUGGCGGUAACAUUAAGAUAUUUAGCUACAGGGGACAGUUACAAAAGAUUGCAUCAUCUUUUUAAAAUUUCAAGUCAAAUUAUAUCUAAAAUUAUCCCAGAAGUAUGUUCAGCACUCAAUGAAGUUUUGAAGGAUUUAGUAAAGAUUCCAACAACCGAGGACGAGUGGUUAUCUAAAGCAGAAGGUUUUAGUUUUCCCAACUGUAUCGGCACUUUGGACGGAAAACAUAUCAUGAUUCUACCACCACCGCACACUGCCUCCGAAUACUUCAAUUAUAAAGGGCAUUUCAGUAUUGUGAUUUUAGCGCUAGUUGAUAGUGACUAUUGUUUUAUGUUUUUAGAUAUAGGUUGCCCUGGACGAAUUAGUGACGGAGGAGUAUAUAAUCAAAGUGUUUUACGACAGAAAAUUGAAACAAAUAGCAUCAAUUUACCACCUCCCAAUAGUAACACUAACUUGCCCUAUGUAUUUUUAGCCGAUUCAGCAUUUGCACUGAGUACACGUAUCAUGAAGCCAUUUCCUGGACAUCAUGCACUAGGUACUCCAGAGAGAAUAUUCAAUCAAGAACUGUCUCGAUCUCGUGUAUUCGUAGAAAAUACUUUUGGUAUUCUGUCCAGCAAGUUUAGAAUUUUUAAAAGCAGUAUACGUCUUGACGAAGUUAAAGCUUCUAAAGUUACAAUGACAUGCAUUUUGUUACACAAUUUUUUAAGAAAAAGCAUUUAUUCUCGAAAUUCUUACACCCCUCCAGGCACAGUAGACAGUUACGUUAAUGGCCAGUUAGUUCAGGGAGGAUCCUGGAGACUUAAUAAUAAAGAAACAUGUAUUACUACAUUGAACGCUGUACCUCGUAGAAGUACAAUGAAUGCGCUUGAAACGAGGGUAAAUUUUAUGAAUUAUAUUUACGAAAGACGAAAUCACAGUCAGGCGUAA